CAGCCUCUGGCGCUCAGUAGAUGGGUUUUCAGUGGAUCUUCAGUCCUUAGGACUUCCUGGGCAGUCUUUUAUUUUUCCUUUGCAUCUCAGAAACGCCUGUCAAAUCAGAUUUCGGUAGUGGGUUCGGAUGUUGUGGCGUGAGUUGACCAGUUUACUAUGUACACCAGGGGUUGGAAAAACCACACUAGGUAAAGAACUUGCGUCAAGAUCAGGACUGAAAUACGUUAACGUGGGUGAUUUAGCCAAAGAAGGGCAGUUAUAUGAUGGCUAUGAUGAAGAGUAUGAUUGUCCCAUUUUAGAUGAAGAUCGAGUGGUUGAUGAGUUAGAAAACCAAAUGAAAGAAGGUGGAGUAAUUGUUGAUUACCAUGGUUGUGAUUUCUUCCCUGAACGCUGGUUUCAUAUAGUUUUUGUGCUGAGAACAGAUAACAGUGAAUUGUACAAAAGACUUGAAACAAGGGGUUAUAAUGAGAAGAAACUACAAGACAAUAUUCAAUGUGAAAUUUUUCAAGUUCUUUAUGAGGAAGCCAUGGCAUCCUACAAGGAAGAAAUAGUGCAUCAGCUGGCUAGCAAUAAACCAGAAGAUCUAGAGAAUAAUAUAAAUCAGAUAUUGAAAUGGAUUGAACAAUGGAUCAAAGAUCAUAGCUCUUGACUUACAAGAUUGGCACACAACAGUGACUCUCAUAUCUCUCUGCCCACAUCAUAGAAAUUGUCCCAGUAUCAGUAAAACUGUUGUAUUAAAAUUGUGUUGCAGGACUGGCA